AGUAAAUAAGUUGUUGCGAAAAUGGCCGUUAGCGUAAAAGCAGUCGAGUCGGUUUUGUUCAAAAGACGUUGCUGAGAUCCUCACUGAAGAGUGUGGUGACAUGCUGCUGAGGUGCUGUCGGAUCAUUCAUAUUUUAUCAAGUCGCACAUUUAUUCCAGCGCUCAAAAACAAAGGGUGUCCGGGUCCUAAAUUAAAGUUCCGUGGAUUUUGCAUGUCCAGCAAGAUGACUGAGGAUUCAUCAGACGCCCAAAUCAAAGCUUUGAAGAGACCAGCAGAUGACACGCACACUGAAACUGAGUAUGAAGACAAGAAGCUUAAAACAGACCAGGAUGAAAGGAAAUACUCCAAGAAAAAGGUGGCCCUGCUGAUGGCAUAUUCAGGCAAAGGGUAUUAUGGGAUGCAGAGAAAUGCAAAGAACUCUCAGUUCAGAACCAUUGAGGAUGAACUGGUCACUGCUCUUGUGAGAGCCGGAUGUAUUCCAGAGGGCCAUGGAGAUGACAUGAAGAAGAUGUCUUUCCAGCGGUGUGCACGAACAGAUAAGGUGAAUAUUUUAACCUGA